AUGCCAGGAAAAACUCAAACUGUGAUGAAUGGUAACGGUGGCGACAAGUCAUACGCCGGUGCUUGCAUUGACGUCGACACCAAUAGUUUUCUUUUAUUCGGUCCAGAAAAUCGUUAUAGUGAAAUUCCAGCUCUUCGACUUUUCCUUGGUAAAUACAAAAUUUAUCCAUCGACUAUUGAAUGUCAAACUGAUGACGAUGGCCUUUAUUUCCAUACUACAACCAUUCUGAAUUAUAUUCAUGAAGAAUUCGGUCAUGAUCUCGGAAAAGAUUGUAUUACACAAAAAUACAAUCGAAAAAUCAAGAAAAAUUACAACAGUGGUCGUCUGAUUGAUCUUGGCAAUGGAGUUAUGAUUGAUUUCAUUGAAUCAUACCUGGAUAAUGAAGUUCAAAAUCCUAAUAAACUCAAACCCGAUCAUCCGGAGAAUUAUUUUCUCAUUUGUGAACAAAUCAAAAUCUAUCAUUUACCAAAUCAAGAACCAUUAGCUGAAAGUUUAGACAGCAAAAUCAAAGAAAUGACUGUCUUCUCAUCAAAAUCCUGUACUUUACAAAUGGUCUGCCGCAAUUCAUGCGGUUUUUAUCUCAGUGCAAUUAAAAUUAAAAAACCAUUGAUCACCGAUCUUGCUCUGCAUUAUGGUAGAAAAUUUGUGAAUGUGCACGAUAAGAUUCUCAAAAAUCUCAAUACCAAAGAUUCCAAAGGCAUCGUCCUUUUACACGGUAUUCCCGGUUCAGGCAAAACCCAUUACAUACGAUAUCUGAUUCAAGAAGUUCAAGAUAAAACAUUGAUCUAUGUACCACCAGACAUGGCGAAAGAAAUCUCAUCACCUCAAUUUCUUCCAUUUCUGAUGGAAUGGCAAAAUGCUAUUCUAAUCAUCGAAGACGCCGAAAAUAUCAUCAAAGAUCGAAGUGAAACAUCAACACCUUCACAAGCUGUUGCUAAUCUUCUUAACUUAUCCGACGGUUUACUAGGCGAUGCUAUGCAUCAACAAAUUAUCGCCACAUUCAACUGUGAUUUAACAAUUAUUGAUCCAGCUUUAUUACGAAAAGGUCGAUUGAUUGCUAAUUAUGAAUUCAACAAACUUGAUAUUGAAAGUUCCAAGAUUUUAUCAGAUAAAUUAGGAUACGGCACUGAACAAAUAACUGAACCAAUGACAUUGGCUGAAAUUUAUAACCAAGGCACCACAGAAGAGAAUGAAUUGGAGAAUUAA